UCCAAGGGUUGCUUACGUUCGGUUCGCAUUUCUAUACUCUCUAUUUCUUAUCAAUUAAAACUCUUUAAACGGAUCCUUAAGUUUUUUAUUUCCCUAAAACUCACACACACACACAUCAAUCAGUCAGUCAAUCAAUCAGUCAACUUUACUUUCCAUUUCUAAACUUGAAUUUUUUUAACUCAACUAAAAAAAACAACAACAACUCAAAAGUUAUAAAACAAAAAUUGUUAAAAAUAAAUACGAGAAAACAAACGAAAGCUAAAAAAGUGAAACAGACUGCCCAGAAAAGAAAAGUAACAACAACCAAUCGGAAAUCAAUAACUUCCGGCUUUACAAAAAAAUAAGAAAAUACAAAUCGAACCUUAAGACCGACCGAAAAUACGCGAGUUCAACUGGAUUUUUGUGUGAACGAAACGGAAGUGCAAAAAGAAAAGCAACAAAAAUCGAUAAAAUGCAAAACCUUAAGACAAGUGAGAAAACUAACUAAGAAACCGAAAAAAAGCAAUCGACCAAGCGAGCAGCGAAACAAAAAAAGGAUUAUGGUUUAAGAAAGGUCCUGCUCCAGACUCCUACCAAGAAGCCUAGAAAGCAAAGCCAAAAUAUGAAAUCCUAAAACUCCCCAUUAAAACACAAUAGAAUUUCGACGAGCCCUUAACUAUUUUGCCACAACAGUAACAAAAAAACAACAACAAUAUUUAAUUUUAUGUUCUAAACGAAAAAAAAGAAAAGCCCAUAAAAAUUUCCUUUCCAAAUCAAGUUUUUUGGAUAUUUAAGUUUUACUGCAAAUAAAAAACUUUUGCUCGUGCGAAAAAAAAUCGAAACCGGAAACUUCGCAACUCAGUAACUUCCCUAGAUUCCCAGAUCACUGGAAUCGAUCGCACUACACCAUAAACAUUUCAUUUCAUUAGAACUUUGAGUUUGAACUUGCCAACAAAAUGCCACGCUGUCUAAUGGCCAAAAAAUGGAAAGCCUAUCCCUGGCCAGAUCGUGCCGAGGAUAAGAACUCCGGCAACAGUGGCUCAGCGAUUAGCACCUGCGACAGCAUUGUUAACUUGCCCGAAGUUAGCAUACAAUUGGUGGAGAAGAAAGUGGAGCCGAAAUCGCGGCGUUCCACAAUCGAUGAAGAUGAAGAAAUCGAUGUUGUGGGCGAUAAUGUCCUCGCAAAUGCAGCAGCUACAGCAACGGUCAUUAUUAAAUCAAGUGAUUUGAAAUCAUCUGUAUCUGCAUCAUCGUCGUCGUCGUCGUCCUCCUCAUCAGCAUCGCCAUCAAAUCAAAGCAGUGAAACAUCAACUGCAACGGCUACAUGUUGGGGCCCAUCAUCACCCACGGCUGGUGCAACGGCACCCAGUCCUCCGCCUCAUUCGCCAGAAGCAGCUACACGUGGUACCACAACUUUGUAUAAUGGUUACAAUCAUGAGGUACCUAACGCUUUACACUACACUGCGUACCUGCCUCGUUUGGAAAAUGAAGUUACCGUCAUCACCAGCACCUCCAACAUGCAACAGCAGCCGCAAUCGCAUCAUCAGCAUCCAUUCAAUUAUCAAACACCUCCGCCCUCGAAUGCAUCGUCGCCUUCAGCAUCACCCUCCAGCCGCAGCAGCAGUAUAUCUUGUGAACGUCUUAGUCCGCCCAUAAUACGCAUCAAAACCGAGUCGCAAGAUGAUGUGGAUUCGAGCAGUACGGAAUCGCGUAAAUGCUAUAGCAGCACUGGAGCUGCCCUCUCGCUGCCGCCCAAAAAGAAAGACAUUUACCGGCCGUACUCGCUAGACGACAGACCUUCGACAGAUCGCCUGCGUUUGCGGGUGCCAGCCGAGGAGGAUUUGCAUGCGGCCCAUGCCAUUUUAGAUUUGAGCGCCUCAACAGCCUUCCAUCCGCCAACACAGCCUCAUCAAUUGCAGCAGAUCCACCAGCACCAUCACGCCCAUCAUCAGCACCUGAGCCAUCACCAGCCUUUGCAUCCGCUGCAUCACAUCACACAGGCCAUACAAUUGCAGCAGCAGCAACAACAACAUCAACAGGCAGCCGCCCAACCUUCAAUAGCUGAUUUGGCUGCCGCAGCCAUUGUGGCCAAUGAACAACGUCCCCGUUCCAACUCUUCCAUGCACAGCAUGCAAAGUAAUUCGGACAGUGAACGUCAGCCCAGUUCGCCGGCCAGUUCCGUGCAGAAUGAGAACAACAACACCACAAAUCAGUUUCCUACAACAACAAAUGGGCCGACCAGCAAAACCGUGGCCUAUACCUAUGAGGCGUUCUUUGUGAGCGAUGGUCGUUCGAAACGUAAAAACAUCACCGAUCCAGUGGUGGCCUUACAGCAGGAACAACAAAAGGCCAAAUACACUUGCAGCGAGUGCGGCAAACAGUAUGCCACCUCCAGCAAUUUGUCGCGCCACAAACAGACACACAGAUCGCUGGACUCUCAAUCGGCCAAGAAGUGUCACACCUGUGGCAAGGCUUAUGUCUCCAUGCCCGCCCUGGCCAUGCAUGUCCUGACGCACAAACUCUCCCACAGUUGUGGUGUGUGCGGCAAACUCUUCUCCCGUCCUUGGCUGCUGCAGGGUCAUUUGCGUUCGCACACCGGCGAAAAGCCCUAUGGCUGUGCCCACUGUGGCAAGGCCUUUGCGGAUCGUUCCAAUCUACGGGCUCACAUGCAGACGCACUCCAUCGACAAGAACUUCGAAUGCAAACGCUGUCACAAAUCAUUCGCCCUGAAAUCGUACCUCAACAAACACUUGGAGUCGGCGUGCCUGAAGGAUGAGGCCGAUAUGCAAUUCGACAGCACCAGUGACAGUGGUGGCAUGACUUCUCCUACUCCUACCGAGGACUAUAAUCCUCCCAACUAUCUCCAGCAGCAACAACAACAACAGGCACAAAAUGCUUUUAAGAUAAGUCACAUACCACAGCCAGUACCAGCAGCGGCUGUGGUGAAAGUAGAGGCCACAUUUGCGGGUUAAGAACCGCAAGAAAAGUAACAGAAUAUUGUAAGUAGUUUUAAAACAAAAACCAAAAGAAACACAAAAACCAACAACAACACAAACAACGCAAGAAGAAAACAAACACAAAACAAAAGAAAAAGGUUACGAUUUUGUUUAACAAAAAUGUUGGCAAUUUUUCUUAAAAAAAUCCAUCUUUCAAAAAAAAGAAAACAAAUAA